CCCGCGGGCGCAGGGGGCGGGGCGGAUGCCGGAAGCCGGAAGCGCGGCCGGCGCAGGAGUCCAGCAUGGAAGAAUUUAAAGAUGCAAGUCCACCUGAAGAGUUGCUCAGUCACUUAAAGCUUUCUGACCAGAAAUCUGCAGAGACUGGCCCCAGAGAUGCCCAGAACCCCCAGACCACUGGGAGUGGAUGUGCCCCAUCCCCAGGCCAAGAUCCCACAACAGAUGAGUGUUUCCAUGACUGUCAGGACUCCUUUGAGGCAAAGGAAGCUGUGCUGGAUGAUGAAGGGAAUGUACAGAACGGUGGGAGUAGCUCGAGGAAGCAGACAGAACUAGAUGAAGAAUACUUACUAGAACUAGAGAAAGAUAUGCCAGAGGAAGAGAAACAGAGAAGAAGAAAGGAGAGCACAAUGCUGAAGGAGAAAGGAAAUGAGCAGUUCAAGAAAGGAGAUUAUGGAGAGGCAGAAGACUCUUACACAAAGGCUCUGCAGAUUUGUCCAGCCUGCUUCCAGAAAGACAGGGCUGUUCUGUUUUCAAACAGAGCUGCUGCAAAAAUGAAACAGGACAAGACAGAAGCUGCUCUGAGUGACUGCACCAAAGCUGUGGAAUUAGACCCUCACUAUAUUAGAGCUUUGCUGAGGAGAGCAGAACUAUAUGAAAAAACAGAAAAACUAGAUGAAGCUCUGGAAGAUUAUAAGGCAAUCCUAGAAAAAGACCCAUCAGUUCAUCAAGCCAGAGAAGCUUGCAUGCGAUUACCAAGACAAAUUGAAGAGAGGAAUGAAAAAUUAAAGAAAGAAAUGUUGGGCAAACUGAAGGAUCUUGGGAAUUUAGUUCUCCGCCCCUUUGGCCUGUCAACAGAAAACUUCCAGAUAAAACAGGAUUCAUCAACUGGCUCAUACUCCAUCAAUUUUGUUCAAAACCCAAACAACAACAGAUAACAUGGAUUCAGUCUGGCUCUGCCCAUGUUCUUGCACGUCCCAGCAACAGGAUCCCAAACACCCUUCACCCUCCCCAGGGGAAGAUGAGACUCAGUAUAUUAAUUUUCCUGCUUGUGAAAUUAUUUGCAAUGUGGAUGUAAAGCAAGUUAUUUGACUUCUCGUAGUGAUAACUGUGUCCAGUGUGUGAUUUAUUAUUUUUUUAAGUAUUUUUUCCCUUCCCAAGCGGUGUUUGGCUCAUCCAAAAGGGACGUUCCUUGUUUUAGCCCACUCAGCGCUGGCAGCAAAAUUCUAGGAAGCAGAUCAGGUGAAUCCAAACACACCCACCUGAGGCCAGGAACAAAGGCUCAUGGUGUCCUGGGAAUUAGGGAAUCCACUCAGCAGGUGGUUGUGACUGGCAGCACCAUGGACACAAGCUCUGGAAUCCUGGUUCUUUGUAAUAAAGGCUUGGUGGUUAUUUGGUUUGUGAGGUUCUUGCCUUGUUUGAGUCCUUCUCAGGGUGGUUUCGUUGUUAAAAGUGCUUCCAGCCACCCACAAAUAACACACUUGCAAGACAGUAAUUGGAAGCAUUUGAUUUUUUGGCCUUGCUUAGAGCAAUAUUAGUAAUUUAACCCGAGGCCACCCUCACAGCAUAGUUUGUGUACUUGUUAUUAAUUUUUCUGAAGGCAACAAUGAAAUUUUGUGCCUCUUUACACCUCCACACUUUGUCAUGGUACCAUCAAAUUAAAUUUGCUUGUGUGAGAUUCAUUCAUGUUGCAGAUAUCCACAGUGGCAAACAUGAGUUGAUUGCAAAAGGUCUUCACAGUAUCCUGGACCUUGAAGAGUUUGAAGUAUUUAUAGAACAAGAUGAUCUUUGAGGUCCCUUCCAACCCAAACCAGUUUGUGAUAUAUAAAUGGGUUUUGCUGAGUGUUCAUUCAAAUUUUGGAGAAGGUGCCUUUUGUAAUUCCUGCUUUCUGGUUUUUAUCAAUGCUGAAGUGUUUACAUUGGAGGCAGAUUCUUCAGUUGUCUCCAUGCAGGUUUCAAUAUGUGAUGUAAUUAAAUAAUUAGCAGUGGCUGCCUUGGC